AGGGGUGAGGCGGGCGGGAGGCCCGGUGGUGGUGCGGGCGAGGGGCACAGAGGUGCGGCCCUGCCCUACCCUCCCCCCAGACGCGACAUGUUGCCCUGGCCUCCUCCGUGGUGGGACGCGGGUGAGGAGCAGGUACCCCAGGAAGAAGGCCCCUGGGCAGGCAGUGACCCCGACGAGGCCUGGGACUCUGGAGAGGAAGCCCUUGGGGAGCCAGGAACACCCCCACCGGACAGCCCUCAUGCCCUGUCCCGAAGACCUUCCUGGAUCCAGAGAGAGCAGCUGCUGCCCCAGGGUCUCACAGGCCUGGCUGCUGAGCAGCCCCGGGGAACCCCAGGUAGGUACAGGACCUUGCUGCUCUUACCCCCCAAGACCCUUUCACCGACCCUGAGCCUGUCGUAAUCUCUUCAAGUUUCCCCCCCAGUGCCCCUUUCCCCCCAGAUGGCCUGGGACAUGGCCCCCUCAAGAAUGACCCUGCUAGCACCCUGGGACCUCCACUACGAGGCUAAAGCAGGACCUCGGCUGGUGUGGGGGCCCAGCUGUGCAUCUGGCGUUGCCUUCUCAGGCCGGACCUUGUGUCAUCCCUCAUUCUGGCCGCUGUACGAGGCAGCUUCAGGCAGGAGCCUCAGACCCCUGGCCCCUGCAACAGGACAUCAGAAUGGAGAGCAGGCGCCCGGGGAUGCAGGGUUCCAGGUGAUAUGCUGUGAAGAUGUCUUCCUUUCAGACCCUCUGCUGCCCCCUGGGCAGCGUGUUCCCGUGUACCUGUCUGAGGCCUCUCAGCAGGUGAUGGGCUCUCUGAAGCUGCUGCUCCCACCCCCUAUUAUGUCCCCUUGGGUCCUCCCCACCUCAUCCCCUGGCUGCUCCACUGCCUGGCUCAGCGGGCCUGAGCUGAUCGCCCUCACUGGCCUCCUGCAGAUGAGCCAGGGGGAGCCGGGACCUAGCUCCUCCAUCUCCUCUGGGGCUCCCACGCCCCCUGGUGGCCCCCCGGACCCUGUCUCUGACCACCCAGGCCCCAGUGGUGGCCAGAGUUGUUCUCACUGCGCUGACUCAUCUCUCCCACGGACCCCAGACACUCAUUGUCCAUAGCCCCUCUGGGGCAGAGUGGGCCCCCUAUUCCCCCAGGCAGAUUCUGUUGACAAUAAAACAGUGUUGGUUUGCAAACAG